AAGGGCGAAGCAUCGAGAUAACUGCAAGAAAACUUUUAGCGGUUCUUUUUCUGAGUUGUCUCCCUUUCAAAGAGGAAAAAGAUUCGUAACAGAAUGGCGCUCCCAAACGGAAAUAUGGAGAUCGUCUUCUCGUUUGACACGACCGGGAGCAUGUCCAGUUGUCUGGCAGAAGUCAGGGGGCGCGUGUCUGACAUGGUACAGCGCCUCCAAACGGACAUUCCGGGCAUCAAAGUCGGUCUGUUCGCGCACGGAGAUUAUUGCGACGCUCACACCUCGUACGUCACAAAGUUCGUGGACCUCACGAAUGACCUGCCUAAACUGGUUGACUUCGCAAAGACCGUCGGCUCCACGGGCGGCGGAGACUCGGACGAGUGCUACGAGCUCGUGCUGCAUGAGGUUCGAACCAAGCUCUCCUGGACGCCCGGCACACAGCGGGCUCUGGUCAUGAUUGGCGACUGUAACCCACACGAGCCAUCCUACAAGCAGAACACAUUGAAGCUUGACUGGAGGAAGGAGGCUGACGCCUUGGGGAAGAUGGGAGUUCGAAUAUACGCUGUUCAGUGCGGCUCAUAUUCAACAUCUGAUAAGUUCUACUCGGAUAUUGCGCGCCGAACUGACGGCCAGCAUCUAAAGCUUAGUGACUUUACAAAUGUAUUCGACAUGUUGAUGACCGUCUGCUACAGAGAGAAGGGAGACGAUCUGUUCCAUGCCUACGAGAAAGAAGUUAGAGAACGCGGUGCCAUCCACAAAGAUAUGGACACUAUGUUUGUUAAUCUCCGAGAUAAAGCACCGGCGUCGUGGACUGCAUCCGGAUCUUCAGUGAGUGCGCCGCCGAAACUCACUAAGAAAAAUUCCAAACCUAAAGCAGUCAAGCUCACCAAAACGAUCAAAGCAAAGAAACUUAUAUCGCCGAAACUCAUCGGUAAAAUCAGGCGGAGCGUGAAGACGCCGACUAAAAAGCCGCCAACCGCCGCUCUGAAAAAGUACCACGUCGCAUUCAUGCCUAGACUGCGUCGUGAAAAUGUUCCGGAAUGCAACUUUAUGUUGAAAAAUCUGAGCUGGUCUACGUGGCAACACGUCAUUUCUCCAGAUAAGAAAAUCACCAUCUCAUGCAGCCGAAGCGGUCUGGGGUGCGGAUACAGGACUCAGCAGAUUUUCGGAGGAAAAACAAAAGUCCCAGCCAUAUACGAAGUAGCCGUUCAGAUAAGACAACGGUCGCGAAAAUAUGUUGUAUUCAGCAAGUUCAGCCGCCGUGGCUUCUCUGGUAAAGUCAGCUGGGAAAAACAGCUGAUUGGAAAGAAAGACAUCAAAGCACAGAUCGACAAGGUGGUUCAAAAGAACUGCAAUGUAUUCGUUCGACGGGCCGACGUAAAAACGAUUAAAACGCGUGACGAGAUCGAGAAUGCGCAGAAGAGAUACGAUUACGCCUGGCAGAGAAUCCGCAAUGGACGUAGCGGACACAGACACGUGACCAAGACAGACGUUGACAUCUCCGAGCCCAUGGAAUCAUGAAAACAGAUUGCGUUUUUACAAUUUAAUGAUGAUUCAACAUAUUUAGUAGUAGUGAAUCAAUACCAUUAAUUGUAUUAAUAGCAGCUAUCAGUACAUUUUAUGUCAUAUAAUUAUGUGUUCAUAUAAAUCUAUUCUUACUCGCUGAUCUUUGUGUAUAUAUACAUGUUGUUAUUGUUUACAGCUGUUGUUGUUAGUGCUUCUGAUAAAAAAAUGACUGUAAAUAUGUUUUGUGAACAAAUGCCGAAAUGAAUUAACUUAACAAUU